AUGGACGGCGGAUCAGCUAAAUGCAACGUUGUCGUUUCAGGUAAUAACGAUAUUUCUGUUCCUUUCGAUCACCAUUUCGACCUCGACGACGCUAUGACAAUGCCGGAAAACCUUCUGACCAGGCAUCAAACGGUCGUCCGUUUGGUCUCCGACAUGCCGACGGUUAAACAAGCGACCGGAAGUUGCUCGAUUUGCAUGGAGAGUUUGUCGGAAUUCGAGGGAGAUGGUUCGAGGCGAGUGUUGUGCGGCCAUGUGUAUCACCAUGAUUGUAUUACUGAUUGGCUUUUGAACGGCAACAGCAAUUCUUGCCCAAUUUGCCGACAUGAAAUCUGCGGCUAA